GAGUUCAGUAGGCAUGACAGAGGACGUGUAGGGCAGGAGACAUUUUCCCUAAGCUUUACCUGCAGGACAUGUAACACUGUGCUCAGCAAUGAGGACAAUAACAAACUCUGGGAUUUACUGAACACACAAACACGCACACUCACAAUGAUGAAGAAAGGUGGUCUGAACUUCCUUAGCAGAAGGAAUCAAUCUCUGUUUGACACCAAUGUCCAGAUGAAAGACUUUGAAAGUGUGGAGUUUGUGUAUGAUGCGGUUGUGAUCCCGGACUCAGGAACAGCGAAAGUUCGCUCCAGACCCACCGUCAAACACUUCAGCACUUUUGGAGAUGGAGCUGGAGUUGCAGUUCCAACUCCAACUGUUCCUGUUCUACCUUCUUACACCACACCCCAAAUCAGCCACACAGGGAAUACAGAACGUCUAUCAAAUGGAAGUGCCAUCUCAUCAGAUGACAUUGAAGAUGGACAGAUUCUGAUCCCUCCUCCACCGACCAUUGCACCUCCACCUCCACCUCCCCAGUUCAUCCCUCCAUCACCUGGAUAUUCCUCUACUCCUUCAGCAUUUUUUGAAGAAACUUAUUUGCCUGUAGAUCUCUCUACUCUACAGCCACCUUCAAUGCCUCCUCCUAAGCCACCUUCAUUAGGAACACCAGAAGAUGUAAAUCUGUCUGCAUUAAGGCCUCCACCUAUGGCUCCCCCAAAACCCCCAAGUUAUCAAAUGUCUACAAACUCACCUGAAGACAUUCCAGAAUGCCCUAAAUUUACCCCUCCACUGCCCCCAACAGAGAAGGUCCAACCUCCUACAAACAAAAUGCAAAAGAUGCCUCCUCCCAAGCCAACUAGGUUCUCAUCUAUCUCCAAUUUUGAGCUGCCUCCAUCUGACUAUGCUACCCCAUCUUUUACACCCUCAGGAAGGCCAGCUUCUAGCUUUAUCUCCCAGAACACAGGAAAACUGUAUAGUGUACCAAAAACAACAAAUUUUACUGGCCAAUCAGAAAGAGACAAAAUGGCAGUUGGAGUUCAGGUUAAUGGAAAUGAAAAGGAAACAAACAUACCCCAAAAUUUGGUGCCACCUGUCAAGCCAGUGCGGCGCAACAGUUCGGGGAUCAAGCUGGACGAUAAUAUACAUGACUUGAAGGAGAACAUGCAGGUGAUGCUCCCCAACCAAUCUCUAACACCAGUCAGGGUUGUUGAUAGCAUGGCUUCAACACUACAGACACCACCUGAUGUUCCAAAUAAGAUUGUGACUCCAAAAAAAAAUUCUGCCACAGCAGAAAAGCCAACAACCGUGCUGUCAGCUCAGGACAUAAUUAACUUCACACCUCCAGACCCAAUGCAAAGAUACAGCCCCUUACUGAACAAGAAGUUACAGAAUCUCAAAACCAAUGAACCUUCUAAUGGAAAGGAGGCAACCACUUCUCCACUUGCCCUGCUGUUGGCAGCUAAGGAACGAGAGAAGCAAAAAGCAGCCCUUUCCAGAGAAAACAGCACCAAGAGCAACACCUCCAUAGAUUCCACCACGGGAGGCAUCCAAAUGAGCAACACCAGAUCCAACACAUUCACUGUGACCCCAAAACCAACUGCAUCUUCAGGAAGUAUCCAUCCCUACACAGAGAUCAAACCAAACACUGAGAGCCCAAAGAUUCCUGACUCCAGUUCUGAACAUUCUGCAUCCUCCAGCAGCACUCUGUUCAAAAGCCCUGCAAGUAUUUUAUCCCCGUCUUCUCCAUCUGAUCAGUACAAUAGCUUUAACACGGUCUCCUUCAUCCCUCCUCCACCUGAAUUUGCUAACUCUGAUCCAGAAGAUGAAGCUCCACCCAAUAUGCUUCCACCUGACCCACCUGCCAAAAGAACAGACACAAUUGCAUCUCCAAAUGCCGCCCACAUCACAAAUGGACCUGCAAAUUCCCCAAGUAUUAAAUCAUACAGCAUCAAUACACCAAUGAAUGCUGUCCCUAAAACUCAAUUCAAACGAGCAUCUCCUCCUAAACUUCAGCCUCAAGCUCCACCACCAUCUCCUCUUAAACUUCAGCCACCAGCUGCACCCACAUCUGUAGCCAAGCUUCAGCCCCAAGCUCCACCCACAUCUCCCCAAAUUUCAGCCCCAAGCUCCACCCACAUCUCCCCAAAUUUCAGCCCCAAGCUCCACCCACAUCCCCCAAAUUUCAGCCCCAAGCUCCACCCACAUCCCCCAAAUUUCAGCCCCAAGCUCCACCCCAUCUCCCCUAAAUUUCAGCCCCAAGUGCCAUCCCCCCUUAAAUUUCAGCCCCAAGCGCCAUCCCCAUCUCUACUCAAAACCCCACCCCACGCUCCUCCCACUGCUUCUGCCAAUCAAGCCACACUGCUCAGCAUUCUGCAGAAGAAGAUGUUGGAAAUGGAUCCCAAAUUCACUCUGGCACGUGAACCAGACACUGGCGGUGAUGAGUGGAGCACCCCUUCCUUCGACGAGGAUGUAGGAGGCAGUGCUUCCUUAAACUCCACCCCAAACCCAAGAGCUCUACAGUCCCUGUACAGUCUGCAGGUCUGGACAUAA